AUGAUGAAGGGGAAAUCAUGGAAGAAGCAGAUGAUGAGUAUGAUCCUUUCUAUGAGGGAGAAUGCUAACAUUGAAGAUGAUGAAGAAGAGCUUAUUGAAGAAGAUUCAGAGUUAUUGCAAGUUACUGGGAAUCUGCGGACAGAACCCAAACACAUUGUGUUUCUCUCACAACUGUUGCUACUUUUUAAUUUUUGCCACGCCUGCAAGACUGAAAAUCCAAUAGUUGAAGCUAAAACUGUUGGGUCUAAUGUCAUAAUAAAAACAACUUGCCAUAACCCAAAAUGCCCUGAAGAAACUAAAACAUGGCAAAGUCAACCACCAAUGCCUGGAUAUCAAAAAACCCGUGCUGGAAAUUUUUUAUUGUGCAUGGCAGUACUGCUUAGUGGUGGAUCAUUCACCAAGUUGAGACAAACUUUCUUGAACAUGGGUAUUGGAUGUGUCUCUCACAGUACUUACUUUCAUUAUCAGCGGACUGUGCUGUUCCCCACCAUCUAUCUGUACUGGAAGAAUUAUCAAUCAAAGUUGUUGGAAAAGGCAAAGCAAAUAAAAGAUGGUGUGGUCCUUGCAGGGGAUGGGCGGCAUGACAGCAUGGGUCAUUCAGCCAAGUUCUGUGCAUACACAAUUUUUUGUUGCACAUUUGCAAAGAUCAUUCACUUCAAUAUUGUGCAGAGAAACCAGGCCGGAAGUAGUCCAGCAAUGGAGUUCAUGUCGUUUAAAUUAUGCAUGGACUACCUUCUUACAUCUGCUGUUCCCAUUACCACAUUCAUCUCUGACAGGCAUACCUCAAUUGCAAAAUAUAUGCGGCAAGAUUUAAAGAAUAUCAUACACUAUUUUGAUGUAUGGCACUUGAAAAAAAAAAUUAGGAAAGUGCUUUCCAAAAUUGCCAAAGAGAAGGACUGCGAGGCAUUACACGAUUGGAUCAGGCCAAUUGAGAAUCACCUGCAUUGGAGUGCCACCUCGACAUUUGAUGGGAAUGGCCUUGUUAUAUUGGCCAAAUUCAAGUCAUUCCUACAACAUAUUGUAAACAUACUAUGUCACAGUAACCCGUUGUUUGCAAAAUGUGCCCAUGGUAGUAGCAUUCCAGAUAGAAAGUGGCUGACCGUUGGUAAAUUCACCCUUCAUAAAAAGAUUUGCAAUGCUUUGACAAACAAACGACUGGUAGAUGGGAUCAAACAAGCUUCUCCAUUAGAACAAACUAGCUGUUUGGAGGGCUUUCACAGUGUUUUAAAUCAUUUUGCCCCCAAAAUGAUUGCAUACUGUUAUGCUGGACAGUAUUGCAGGCAUAUUUUAGCUGUUGUGCACUUUAACAACAACCUCAGGAGAGAAAUCAAAACAAAUCCUGACCAAUCAGAAAGAGUCAAAAUUAGCUACCCAAAGUUUAAAAUGGGGGCCAUAAUUCGAAAUGUUACAGUUGCACAGAAUUUUGGAUAUGUGCAAGACAUUUAUGAGAAUUUUCUGUCAGCUAGCAAGAGGGACAUGGCUGAUGCAAUGGUAAAGCUGAAAGAAAUGUGCCCGCCUCCAAUGAAUUCAAUGCUUACUAAGCAAACAAAGCAAGAAGCAUUGAAGAAAAAGUCUGACAGGAUGCAAAUCACCGUC